UCCUCAACUUUCCCCACCAGGCCUCAUCCUCCUUCUCCCUCCACAAACAAUGAUUUGUAGGUUUUAGUCUUUACUAACGCUGUUAGUCCACGUUCUUGUUUCGCUUUUAUCUUUCGUUUUAUUUAUUUCCUUUCGUCUCUCUCUCUCUCUCUCUCUCUCUCUCUCUCUCUCUCUCUCUCUCUGUCCCAUUUUAUGACUAGUCACAGAAAAAGCCCAAGGUUUCUUUCUUUCUAAAUAUCUGUUUAUCAAACUAUUUAUUUAUUCUUCUUGUUUUGUCUACGUCCUCCUUUUUCCCUUGAUGACACUUCAGUCCGGCAUUACUCACUCCUCCCAUUACACAAACACACGACCACUGGCCCUGCACCACAUCAGACACACAACGCCACACACAUGUUAACACAACGCAACAUCAUCGAGCUAUACUGCAACUCAAAAGUCCUCACCACCACACUGUACCGACGAUCCACACCAAGGAAUAUUUAGUUUAGUUAAUUUUCUUCGCUUUAUGUUGAGACUUGAUGUGUAAAUGAUAGACACCUUGCUUUCAAACGUGUGUGUGUGUGUGUGUGUGUGUGUUUUAUUAUAGUAUUAUGUUUGUGUAUAUUUAAUAUAUAUUUUCUCACUUUCUCCGUCGGAUUAUUUUACUGAUCCUCGACAAAGAUCCAUUUACGCCGCUACAAGUCUUUUUUGGCGUAAUACAGUGAUCUUACAGCUCUCAGUUUCAUGUAAUGACACUUUUCCAGCUUAACCUUUGUUCUCGUACUCUCUAACAUUUGUCUGAAUGUCUCCCAGAAUACACCGAGAUUCUUCAAAAUAAUUGCGAUUAUUAUUUACUUGGUAUCACCUUGGUGUGAGGAACAUGUGGCUGGCUGGGACGGUGUUGAUGGAGGCCGUACAGGUGCUGGCGUUGGUGACAACCAACCAAAACUACUGCCCAGGCGAGAACUGGUUCACAAGGACCAGUGACGACCUCUGGCUACCUGCUUUACCAGCUCGGGAAACAAGUGCAGACCCAGAUCACCGCCCAGUAGUGACUUACGUGCCCUGGGACGUUGUAAGAGAAAACACGACAAAUUGGAAGGACACAACGAAUAGGAGUUAUAGCAAUGGGUUGUCCUUACCAAUCCUACGCUGUUUACCGGAGAGGAAACGUUGCCAGGCUCACACUCAUCUCUACGGCACCCUGAAGAGCACAGUUACCCACAAGGCGCUGUGUGUGAACGUGGACGGGUUAUGCAAGGCUUUACUGGUAGUUCAUGAUGAGGUGUCGUAUUGUGACUGCUUCUCACCCUCAGACUACAGCAGACGAAAAAAUGAUAUGGAUGGUACAUUGAACGUAAUCAACAUGACGCUCCUGAAUGAAUGUCCACAGGGGCCUGACAAAAACAACAAUGGCAUAGAUAAUACAGAGAUCAAGAUAAUCGUUCAUGAGACUGAUACAAUUACUCCUUCACGUAAUAGCUGUUUGCAGAUCCCUGAAGACACUGAUACAUGUAGGAGCCAAAUAAUCAUGAAUCAGUGGUGGGAACUGGCUGUGGAUGUCCUUGUUUGUGUGAUAGUCAUAAGUUUUAUUGUAUCUGUUGUUUUAAUUAUUUGGAAGAGAUUAACAAAAGGUAACAGUCAAAGCUCCCAGUCAGAAAAUAUUGAAUUGGAAAGUGAAGAAACUCUGAUGGAUUGUCACGAAGUCACUUCCUUUCCCCUCGCUGACAAGACCACGUAAGAGCUGACUGGUGUUGGUGCCACUGAGUAGUUAAGGAUGGGAAUGUAUUAAUUGUCCUUUGCUCAUUUCUAUAUAUCUUGAAAGUGAUGAUCUCAUUCCCAGUGGAGUUUGUAAAGUAGUCUAAUAAUACUGUUUGUAUCAACGCUUAAUAUGAAUAAUGAAAACGUACCCGACCCUCUCAAACUCUCUCUGCUAAUAGCUUCUGCUUAAUUACUGUGAUAUAAGUGUAUGGCGCUAAAAAAUAAAAAUAAAAUAAA